CGGCCGCUGUGAGGGGAAAGGAUAGGGCGGGCGGCUGUCGGGUGGCGGACAUUUUUUGGGGGGUCCCGCGAUGCUCCCCCUGUGAGAAGGGCGGCGGAAGGCGGAUCGCCAUGAACCUGAGGGGCUUGUUUCAGGACUUCAAUCCCAGCAAAUUUCUUAUCUAUGCCUGCCUGCUGCUGUUCUCAGUUUUGCUUUCUCUCCGUUUGGAUGACAAGAUUCAGUGGAGCUAUUGGGCUGUGUUUGCUCCAAUAUGGCUGUGGAAGUUAAUGGUAAUUGUGGGCGCCUCAGUAGGAACUGGAGUAUGGGCACGAAACCCACAGUAUCGUGCAGAAGGAGAAACAUGUGUGGAGUUCAAAGCCAUGUUAAUUGCAGUUGGCAUCCACUUGUUACUGCUGAUGUUUGAAGUGCUGGUCUGUGAUGGGAUUGAGAGAGGAACCCGCUUUUGGCUUCUAGUCUUCAUGCCGUUGUUCUUUGUGUCUCCAGUAUCUGUUGCAGCUUGUGUUUGGGGCUUUCGGCAUGACAGAUCUCUGGAGCUGGAAAUCCUGUGUUCUGUCAAUAUUCUCCAGUUCAUAUUCAUUGCACUCCGACUGGAUGAAAUUAUCAAGUGGCCAUGGCUUGUUGUCUGUGUCCCUCUGUGGAUCCUGAUGUCCUUUCUGUGUUUGGUUGUGCUCUAUUACAUUGUCUGGUCAGUCCUAUUCUUACGCUCGAUGGAUGUGAUUGCUGAGCAAAGAAGAACUCACAUAACAAUGGCCAUCAGUUGGAUGACAAUCGUAGUUCCAUUACUCACCUUUGAAAUCCUUCUUGUGCACAGAUUGGAUGGACACAAUACAUUUUCAUAUAUACCCAUAUUUGUUCCUCUCUGGCUCUCACUCAUAACUUUAAUGGCAACAACAUUUGGACAGAAAGGAGGCAAUCAUUGGUGGUUUGGAAUCCGCAAAGACUUCUGUCAGUUUCUACUUGAAAUUUUCCCAUUCCUAAGAGAGUACGGCAAUAUUUCUUAUGAUCUGCAUCAUGAAGAUAAUGAAGAAGCAGAAGAAACCCCUGUCCCAGAACCUCCGAAAAUAGCUCCAAUGUUUCGGAAGAAGACUGGAGUGGUCAUUACUCAGAGUCCUGGGAAAUACGUUAUACCGCCUCCCAAAUUAAACAUUGAUAUGCCAGAUUAAAACUGAACUCGGUCAUGUAGCACAUAGCUAGGACUGACUACUCCCUGUUAACCACAACUGGGAAUCAGGGGCCAACUUUUCUGUCAUGCCUUAGUUUUUGUUUAUGGAUAGCAGUGUCUGCUUUAAUGGCUUGUAAUGUAGAUAAUGUAGAUUUGUUUUAAUAUAAUUAGAGAGUUUCAGUGUAUUUGCAUAUUAAAUACCAUGCCAGUAAAAGAAAUGAGAAUGCAAUAGCUGGGGUAAAGUUCACAAAUGGAAAGCAUUUUAUCAGGUCUCAUGUUUGUGACAUAUACUGGUACUCUUGGUUUGGCUGCGAGCAUUAAACCACCAGUGUAGAGUUUGUUAGCUACAGAGUCCCAAGUUUUUACACAGUACAAUUAAGAAUUUAAAAUAACUAUCCUACCUAAUGAGCAUCAAACCUGCCUAGUUACAGAUGGGCAAGGCAUGUUGAAAUCAGUGACCUUUUCACACAUGUAACUUGUGGGCUGGAUUGUAGCCAGUGUUUUAGAGAAGUGGAAAAUACGGCUUUAUAUGUUAAUCUUCCUGCUUUGUUUUAAUUAAAGCUUGCCUGUAUAGUAUUUAUAUGAAUUUUGGCAAUGUAUUAUAUUUUAAAACUGUACAGUAUAAAUAUGUAAAAGUAUUUUUUUAAGGGCUGUGUGAAAUGCAUAAUCUAUUGUGAGUGACAUAUUUUGUGUCAAUCUGUACACUCAACUUCCAUUUAUGUUAAUAUACCAUAGUCACAUGUUGGUAUAUCAGCAUGCUCCUUAGCCUCGUAAUUUCACUAUUAAACCAUGAACACUGUGCUUCAAGCAUGUUCUCGGGUAGGACUUACAGGUUCUUCCUCUGUUAAUGGAUCAAAUUACCUUGAUAAAGAUAUGUAAAUUAUUGUGUAAAUAAUCACAAUCUUUGUACUGUAGAGGAAAAGGGAAGGUACUAGCUUUUUGAAAAGUUGCUUUUACACUUUUGUUAAAAUGUUAUUGUUCGUUAAUCUUAUUUCUCAGUCUCCCAAUUUUUGGCUGGUCAAUAAAGUAUCCUCCUGUA